AUGCACACCUCUGCUAUGGGUCCAGCAGAUCUCCUUAAUGCUACCACCGUCGCGUCUACUCUAUAUCCCCUGAGAGCUUUCGAUGUUGCCCAGCCUUCUUCGCGUCACCUGCGUUCUGAGCUCUCCUGUGCCGCCCCUUCGUGCGCUAGAUUUCCCAGACCGUAUCCGAUUUCCUCGGGCGCCGAAGCGCAGCCUGAGGAGGUGACUGUCGAUGCCACUUGGGAAUUACACCUGCGAACGCGCGCGCCUGACAACAAGGAAGCGCAGCGUCUUGGAUCUGGAUUCUCAGAAGGCGGUAACCCCGGAACGCGGACUGCGCAAAAGUCUGACGCGGCUCAAGACAACUACCAAGAGCACGCGAGAAAUUGUUUCGCCGUUCCAUCUGCGCAGCUUAGCAGAGGCGUCCUGUGGGAGCGGCUGGUGUCUCGCGCAUCCGUGCUUCUUCCAAGUCUCAGUCCUUCGGGCAUUGUCCAGCUUCUCUUUCUGCUUCACCGCGCUGGCUACAAGCCCCAGACUCUGCUGGACCACAUAGCCACACAGUUGCUGGAGCAAGAGGCGUGCGCCGCGCCUCCAGAAUACUUCUGGUGCGUGUGGACAGCGAACGACCUCGUGCUCUUUGUUCACGUCCUUGGAUUGCAUCGGUAUCGCCAUGAGACGCUUCUCACUCAGGUGAUGAAGGAACUGGAGAAGUCUGCCGCCUUCUUGAUGCUCAGUGAUCUCGCGGUUCUCCUUGGAGCAUGCAACAGGCUGCUGGCCCUCCCGGCGCAAGGCAGCGCAUCGCUUGUGGACUGGCCCAACAGUGCGGGCGCGUCCCCGUCCUUCUUUUCAGGAAAAGAACUGCGGCUCUUCACGCUCCUAGCGACCGCGCAGGUCAGCCAGGCUUCGCUCGCCCUUCCUCGUGAUCUUGUGGCUCUUGUCGUCGGCGUUCUCCGCGCAGCUCGAGCCUUGAGCGUCCCCCCUUCGAAGACGUUUCUUGUGGCAGCUGUUCGAAGACUCGGGGCAGAAAUAUCCGGCAGAAACCGACACGGCAGCAGACCAGUGGCGCUCAGUGCACGGGCUGUCCAGCGAGCGAUCUACGCGGUCUUGGCGACUCGGCAGAUGCUGCUGUCUUCCACCUCCUCUCACGCUGCAGCAACCGAAGCACCUACCCCUGACCGGAACGCUGAGAACGUGGAGCGGUAUGGCCUAUAUCAUGAGCAGCCUCGGCGCCGCCCAAGAGACAGCGAAGGCGAGGGAGACGGCGAAGUCGACGGAGGCAGCAGAGCCGAGGAGGAACCGGGACCUCCUGCCUGGAGUCCGAACGAAGCUGUGAAGUCUCGCCCGCGGUCGCGAGAGCUUCCGUCACCUCCGCGCCCGUUUCCUGAGGCGAACGGUGAAGGCUCCACAUCUCCAGCGGCAAGCACAGACACUGCAGCCGUCCGUGCUGGCCACGGUCCGCUGCAGAUGCCGACGCGAGCCCUCGGGAUCCAAAACGGCUUGGAAGAAGCCUCUCUCGAAGACGUUCGGCGCAUCGAUAGCGAAGUCGUCGCCGUGGUUGUGCAGCUGCUUCAGCGCCUGUCGGACCGCCUCGGCGACUUGUCGCCAGUUGAGGCUCUCGAGAUAUUGCAAGCUCUUGAGGAGCACAGACACCUGCGGCCGCCUCAGCGCGCGGGCCCCGAGACGGGGCGCGGCCUGUCGCUUUCGAGCGGAGGGACCAAGGCCUCCGUGGAAGGCACCGAGCGGAAUGGAGACUCGGAGCUCUGUCCAGAUUUUCUGCUUCUCCCAGACAUCGAAGGGUUUUUUUUCCACGUCGAAAGGUAUCGCCACUUGCUCUCGUCUGAGCAAGUGACGCAGUUCAACCAGCUGCUCGCUGCGCAUUUAAAUGGUCUGCCUCCGCCUCCACCUGAGAGGCUGCCCUCGCCACAGACCCUCUCCGCCAGCUCUUCUGCUUCAGCCUUUCUGCCUGUUUAA